ACGCGGGUACAUUGAUCUGCUCGGUCUAGAAAAAGGAACAAAAGAAAAAAAGAAAAAAAAAAAAAGAGAGAAAAGAGCAUCGAUACUUUCUGCAAAUUAGAAACCCAAUGCUUUUAUCGCGUAGCAUAAUUACACAUGAUACAGUAUUUAAUUUUUCAUUUUUUUUUGCCAUUGAAACAUUUCCAUUUCGUCUUUUUUGCCAACGUGAACGUUGAACCAAAUAAAUAUAUUAUAAAAAUAAUUAUACAUACGUAUAAUUUCGAGUUGUUUCAUCGAUGGAUCGCUCGAAAUAAUUCGAAUUUCGUACUAUCGAAUUUGAUAUUAUCGCGUUUACACGAUGAUAGCAUAGAGCAAACGCGGUAAUAUCGUAUUACUACUAUCGUAUCUGCGAGGUUGCAUGAAAAACUAGGAAGCGCGGUAAGAAAUCGUAACGGAAGAUCCGUCGCGUUAAAAUAGACAUCCUGGAAUUCGAAUGUGCCUCGGUACAUACUCCACUUUGCUAUAGUACAUAUAUAUUACACAUAUGUACUCGACAUCGCUAAAUGUAACAUAGUACGUAUAUUUAGGCGCGAUACUGUCAUCAGUGUGGCUCGAUUUAAAUAUUUCAGCUUUUCUAGCUGUAUCGUUCAACGAUCAUUUCACGAAGCACGGUGCAAUCUCCGUUCGAAUUCGUUGCAAUUCUUACCGUUCCAACCGUUUACUCUAAACUACAUGCAUCUAAAAUUUAUUUUGAUUUAAUUGCACGAUAAAACGAUAAAAUACGACGAAGCAUGUUAAAAUUAUGAAAUAAAACAUUUCAAAAUAGAAGAUUUCAAAAUUCAUUCGUUUCCUAUUUUCACAUAUACACCAUAGAGUGAGCUUGGAAAUUUCCUAUUAACCGUUAUGCGAAUUACUCUAAAUCCUAAAUAAUCGCAUUUCUUCAAGCACGAGCAUAUCUUAAAAUUAUAUCGUUUAUCGUCAAUUAUAAAUUAUCCGCCACUCGUUGUCAGCGUAGAAUUAAAGUUCAAGAAACGGUGUAUCGUCGCCCGGUGUUAUCUGUUUACAGUAUACAGCAUGAACUUGUAGUCACUUGCUAAAUAUACCAACUAUUCGUGAGAUCAUGCGUGUAUAAUUACAUACGGGUGUUUCUUAAUAAGCUUAAGAAACGUUGCUGUUGUUCGAUAGUGAUCAUCGAUAACUAUAGUCUGGUACUACCGUUCCCUACCGUGUAUGUGUGUGUCUGUUGAAAGAACGGAUCAUCGAGCUGUUUUUGCGUUAAGUCCAACGAAUUCGUGGUACAACGUGCUAUGCGAUAGAAUGAGAAACAAAAAAAGAACCGUCAGCCUGCGUCCACGAUAUAUAUUCUUCGCGUGCUACUUGGUAUAUUUAUCGCGGUGCUGCUUCGCUUUAUCGCUUUUACCAUUGCGUCGUUAUCAAGCAAUUCAUUCUUAUAGCCAGUGGCGAUUAGCUCUUAACGCUUACGUUCCAACGAAAAAUUAAUAAAUCUACGUUGAAAUCAAUGAAACACUCUUCCUUUGUUUACGCAAAGACAAAUGCUCAAAUAUUAAUAGCGGCAGUGGUAAAUAAAGAAUCUGUGUAAACAGUAAUUUCAAGAAAGACCAACUACGAUCAAUAAAUUUCCAAUUCGCUGAUAACUCGAUAACUCCAGUUACCCAUCAAAUUGUGCAAUGUGCUUUAUCGUUGGUACAAUAUGAGAAAAAGGAUUGUGCUCGAAAAACCCAGUGAAACCGGGAUGGACACCGAUUGCGAUCCGUGUUACGAGGAUCCAUCGUCGUGGUUCUUAAUGGAGUAGCUUCUUAAAAUGCCGCAGUACGACGACAGCUUCCUCGACUCGCCGAUCUUCCGGCGACGCACACGUAGCUAUGCGGUACAGAAGGGGUUCGUACCGAAGUCCAAGAGCUUCAUCACUGCCACGCCUCUGCUGUUGGCCGUGACCAAUCACGCCAAGACCCUUUCCGGUUCCAUAUCGACCUGCAGCUUGAAAGAAGUCGAGGAACGCUCCAGCGGGAAGGCGCGUGGUGGUAAACUAGCGCGUCGUGCGCGCUCCUUCAAGGAGGACUUCCUGGAGAAGCUCUCCCACAUGCGCUCUCCUGGUAGCGGAAGCGGAGGUGGAGGCAGUGGAGCGGCUACGAGGGCCGCCUCGCCCUCCUCGCCGCGAACACCGCGUGAUAAAAGCGCGCCCGGCUGCACCGAUGGCGCGACCACCCUCGACAAGAACCCCCUCCGUGACCUGCAUAUCCACGUGCGACAGGUGCAACUGGCACUGCUUCACUUCCGGGACGUCGUGUCAAAGAAAAAGCUCGAGAUGCUGCCCGGCAACGGCACCAUCGUCCUCGAUACUGUUACCACCAUACACACUGUGCUGAAGUCCUAUCUUCUCUACGAGAACAGCUCUACUCUGGGAUCAGCGACGAACCAAGUGUAUCAAGCUCUAGCACAAUUAUUAAAACUCUGUGACGACGUGUUGCUGCACGGUGACCAGUCCUCUGCGUUGGAUACCGAGAACGUUACACACAUCAUAGGAUUAGUCGAAGAAGCUGUGAAAAACUUGGUUGCCCUGGCGAAUGAGAAGAUUGCCAAUAGACAGAAACCUGUCGUCGUUACAACUAGUAAUAGAACGUCGUCUUAUGGAUCGGAAAUGACGCCGCAAAGAAAUUCUUUGCCUGAUAUUCCGUUAACGCCAAGGGAAAGGCAGAUUUUAGAGCAGACAGCUGCGAGUACUAGUUUGGUCCGUAGCUCGCAUAGUUCCGAGUCGAUUUUAAGGGAUUCUAGUCCACCCCCAAAACCGCCACUCCCCGAGAGAACUAAUAUGUGUCUGUCGGAAGAAAAUAGUUCUUCCGGUACACCACCACCAUUGCCACCGAAACGGAGAACGAGAGGUCAACAGUUGCUCGAUGAAUCCGAAGGUUUUUUAGCAUCUAGUCUCGACGGUGUUUCCUUACGAAGUCGAUCUCCGGAGGAUUCGUCGUCUCUUCUGAGUGCGUCGGCUGGCAGUUUGGAUUCGGCCUUGAACCAUUCCCGCGACGAAGAUGAGAUACGGGCGAUCAUGGGACCAAACGACGAGUCUCUGAACGACAGUAUGGAUCUCAGCCUGAUGGCUACUAUCCAAGGUAUGCAAGUUAAUGGUAGUUCAAACUGUAGUUGCUGGGACGGUUCCGAAACAAACAUACCAAGCACAAUGUUAUUGGGUCAACAAACUCCGCAAGAAAUGCUUAAUCCAUUUACCGGUAUAGAAGGAAAAAUGGAACGAUUAUCGACUCAAACGCAGGAAUCCGGUUUCGUAUCCAUGCAUUCGCAACGAAGUUCGUCUCAAAGUUAUACUACCUCCAGUAUAACGUCCAAAAGAUCUUCUCAGCAAAGCAGUAUUAGUUACAAUUCCCAAACGUUUAAUUCGCAACAAUCGUUUUCCCAAACAAAACUGUCUUCGGAUAAUAACGGGUCUAUUUUCACUCAGAAGACAAUGACUAGUACGAAGAGUACCGUUAGUACAACAAAUAUUUCCGGAACUGGAGAUCCUGCUGUAUUAGAAAAAUUGGAAAUGGAGUCGAUUUCUGCAUUGGACGCUAAUGGUGUGCCGCCAGCAUUGCCGGAAAAGCGAUCGAAACGGAGGAAAGAACGUCAACCGUCACAGUACGACAAUGUACCUGAAAAUGAGCAUUUAUCAACCUGUAGUUUACAUACCAAUAACGGCGAUAAUACAGAUGCCAGUAAACCCCCUCCACUGCCGCUUAAGAAAAGGCAUAUGUUCCAAUCAGUGGCAUAUUCUGUCAUGGCAUACAUGGAGAUGUUUGGGAAUUGUUCUCACAGCAACAACGAUUUCAUCUCCGGUCUUGGGACUCGUCAUUCAGUGGCAGCUUAUAAUUCGAUGCAAGCGGAAUGGCAACAACACGAAAUGGCUCUUACUACGACACAAUCGUGUUCUUUCAUGGCACAUACUAUAACUACAUUACAUGACAACUCAAAUACCUCCAUAACUAUGGCACCAUCAGUAGCGGAAGUAACGAAUAAUUCUAGUCUCCCACCAGCAUUACCACCAAAGAGAUCCCGUUCCAUUAAAUCAAAUGCAACGCCACCGCCAAUUUCGCCAAAACCCACCAUUAGUAUGCAAAGCAUACAUACAAUCGAACCAAUCGUAACGUCAACACCUAUGAAAAUAGAGGAAUCUGGUUGUGUUCAUGAUAAAAAGGAGUUAUCACCUUCGUCUCCAGCGAAGCUGAAUAACGUUGCUUUGGAUACUAUAUUACCGUCCUCAAGACCCGCGAGUAAUGCCUUAUCGUCGAUUUCCGUCGAUGAUAAUAACUUGGACUUGAGAGACGUCGAUCAAGACGAUACUAUUUUGGAUGAACUCGAUAUCAGCAAGUAUUUAGUCUUCAAGAAACCAGACGAAGAAGGGCCAGAUAUAAGGGGUGGCCACCCGGAUGCAUUGUUAAUUCAUGCAACCAAAGCUAAUAAACAUGACGAGAAAGAAUCAGACUUUUUGUAUCAAGAGGCGUUUCUAACAACAUAUAGAACAUUCAUGCAACCAUUGGAGUUAAUUCAAAAAUUACACAAACGUCAUCAGCGAUUCUCUUGUUCUGCUGACGUUAUUAAACAAAGAGCAGCUCGCGAAGCAUUUUCCUUGUUGGUUAGAGUUGUCAGCGAUUUAACUAUGUCAGAUCUCGAUGAUACCCUCUUGCAAACUUUAAUGGAAUUCGUACAGCAAUUGGUAUGUAGCGGUGAUCUUACUAUGGCAAAAGCUUUGCGUGUUAAAAUUUUGGAGAAACACGCGGCGAAGCAGUUGCAAUCUACACAACCGAUUCUAUCUUCGUUGAGUGUAACAACAAAGCAAGCUUCCCUUCUCGAUUUCAAGAGUGAACAAAUUGCAGAACAAAUGACAUUGUUAGAUGCUGAUUUAUUCAUGAAGAUUGAAAUCCCGGAAGUACUAAUUUGGGCUCAAGAACAGAAUGAAGAACGAAGUCCGAAUCUAACUAGGUUCACAGAACAUUUUAACAAAAUGUCGUACUGGGCUAGAUCGAGAAUACUGGAACAUAGAUUAGAGAAUGAAGCGAAAGAUAGAGAGAAAUACGUUGUUAAAUUUAUCAAGAUAAUGAAGCACCUUAGAAAAAUAAAUAAUUUUAAUAGCUACUUAGCCUUGCUUUCUGCGUUGGAUAGCGCGCCAAUUAGAAGGCUCGAAUGGCAGAAACAUAUUACAGAAGGUUUAAAAGAAUAUUGCGCUCUUAUCGAUAGUUCCAGUAGUUUCAGAGCUUACAGGCAAGCUUUAGCAGAAACACAACCGCCAUGCAUUCCGUACAUCGGACUUGUGUUACAAGAUCUUACAUUCGUGCAUAUUGGAAACAAUGAUUUGUUACCGGAUGGUACGAUAAAUUUUUCGAAAAGAUGGCAACAGUUUAAUAUCGUUGAAAACAUGAAAAGGUUCAAAAAAGGAACAUAUUCGUUCAAGAAACACGAACGUAUAAUAACGUUCUUCAAUAAUUUUAGCGAUUUCCUCUGUGAGGAAGCAAUGUGGCAGAUUUCCGAGAGUAUCAAGCCGCGCGGUGGAAAAAAAACACAGUCACAGAACUAGAAUAUAUCAAACCCCUUCACCGCCUGCGUCUCAAAAUCGAAAGGCUGAACCAGUAAAUUAGUAUAUCUAUAGUUGUGAUGUUUAGGUAAAUUUACCUAAUUACCAGCCGAAUAAACAUGAUGCAACGCUUUAAGGGCGGUGAAAGGGUUAGCUAUGUCUGUCCCGCUUCCACAACCUCUGUGAGGUUGUAUCUCAUUUUAUGGAAUAUUCAGUCUCUAUUGAAAAGUAAAACAGAAAAAAGAAUGCGAAUAGUCAGUCAUUUAGAUCAAGUUGAGAUUUAAUGCGUUCGUGCGCGUGCGCGUGCGUGCGUGCGUGCGUGCGUGUGUGUAUGUAUGUGUGUUUUGUUUUGUUUAAAAAUAUAAAUUGCGUGCACGGAUAUCGAUUGAAUCGAAAUACGUAUAGAGAGACUUUAAUGAAUUGGCUAGAUCAAUCAUGUCUCAAUGUAUUUUUGCAAUUUUUUCCUUUUCGCUAUAAGGUUAGUAAGGGAGAAAAUCAUGUUUACUAUGGAUCUAUGCAAUGUAUACUUAAACGAUACACAGCUGUAAUGAUGCUUACCAUGGCAUGAUGGAAAGAGCAACCUCCUCUCUCUAUCUCUUUCUUCCUCUCUCCCACCCUCUCCCUUCUCCCCUCUCCACUCUCCCGCACACACGCAUGCACUAGCUCUUCUAUAGAAAUAUAUAUAUAUAUAUAUAUAUAUAUAUAUAUAUAUAUAUAUAUAUAUAUAUAUAUAUAUAUAUAUAAGCUAUUUAUUUAUUUGCUUUAUAUCGGCGAAUAGCGAUAUGUAAAAAGUAGUAAAUGUCAUACAUUUCUUUUUAAACUUAUUUAGAUAUAUAUGUAAACGUCCAUCAUAUAGAUCUGUUAUAGAUAGGAAACUUAUCAAGCGUCAACAAAGAUACAUUUGUUGACUUCGCAAGGAAAAAACACCAAUUACGUUGAUUAAUGUAAAACAAUUAUAGUCUCAGAUCAGUGCAAAAAUGAUGCGCUUUUCCGAACACGUGGCACGACUGAGCGUAACUGUUACAUAUACUAUUGUAUAUGAUUCUAGGAAACAUUUUUUGUUGGAAACUCGUUAAUAGGUAUCCAAGAUUUCAGCUUUAAGACAAAUGAUUAUCUAAAACUGCGUAGGUAAAUUAAGUGUAAAAAGAGCCCACGAUUAGACGAAUUCGAUUUAUAUAUCAUCCACAUUGCCCUUGUACUUUCGCCGAUAAUUCUAAAUGCCUUUGAUAUCUUUUAUUAUCAGAUUUCAUUACUAGUUUCUCUGCGUUUAUAUUUUUCAGCAUUGCUAAUGAGAGUUUCCUUCAGGAUACAUUCCGAUGGAGUAAAAGAAAAUUAUUCGAUCAAUUUUAUCAAGAUAGAAGAAACAUACUACUGGGUCCUACAAUUUUCUUAUUCUUUGUUAAACGCGUCGAAUUUUAAUACGUGCAUCGAGUUUAUUUGAUUUCUUAAGAUAAGUGAUACCACUGUAAUGAUUUAUGGCUGUCUGCGUGCCUCAUAUUAUAGAGUGAAUGAAUUACUUCUAUUAACGUUUCUCCGGUCUCACGUUUAAUGAUAUAAAUAUCUUGUAUGUAUAAUUUAUGAACAAAACUAGAAUAAUCGGGCUUAAGAGAUCUGAAAAAGAAAACAAAGAGAGGAGAGAUGUCACCAGUACGUUAACGCGAUAUACGUACGAUGGUACUGAUCGUACACUUUUAUCCACGUUAAAAAGAGGGCCUAAGCAAUUGAUGAGUAGCAUCGGUUUAUAAACACACACAUGCCGUUAAUUAAAAUUUACCGAUAUAAAACACCGAGGAAGUAAAAAGGUAAACAAGCCAUAAUUUAGUAUCAAGGUCUAGUUAGAGGUUAACUAUUGUAUACAUACAUAUAUAAAUUUGAUAAACGGUUGUCAAUUUCUAAACGUGCAUCAAGCACACACACGCACACAUACACACACACAAAAAAAAUUAUAUACAUACAUACGUCGUACACACGUAAUAUAGUUUUCAAUUGAACUGUAAAGGAAGAGUAAUAGACGUAAAAGACUCUGUUUCCAUAAAAAUAGAUGCAUCCCUUUUAUCGCAGCUGUAAACAUUUUGAAAGACGCAAACAAGGAAAAAGGUUAGUACUGAUUAUGAACUAUUAGACAAGCAUAUAUCUCCCUAUAAGCCCCAAUAGUUCACAAAUAAUGAUAAUCAUACGUGGAUGAGUAUGCAAGUGUGUUUGAAGACAACCACUUUUAUUUAAUAAGUUGGUAUGUAUAAAAAUGGUUCGUCUAAUGUAAAGCUAAGAAAAGGUUAUUAACAUUUUAUGUAAAUAGUUUGUGAUUGUAUUCAUAAUUUCUUGUAUGUAUGCGAGUGCCCAUUUAUAACUCAUACAAAUGCGCGCGCGCGCUCAGCAUAUUAUCUUUAUAUUAUCUUUACGCACGAUGUAAUUAAUCUUAUAUACUUUUUAAAUUAUGAUCGAAGUCAUUAUGAUGCCAUUUUACAUUCUCACAUAAUAGCGGGCACAUAAUCUGUAUAUUUUUUUCAUUUCAGUUAGCUUAAGUCACGCAACGAACAGAUAUACAUAAAUUCUUCAUAACAGAAGAAAUAAAUUAAAAAGUUACUACAGUGGAUUCCGCUUAUUUGAGCCACCGGUUAACCAAGGUAGCCGUUUAUUUGAAACGAAGCUGAAAAUAUAGAACCUGACCGAAUAAAUAAAAACCAUUUGUAGAUAGUCCUAAUUUUCUUCGCUUAAUUUCGUUAAUUGAAGUAGCAGCGUGUUUGGUUUUUUUUGGGACAGAUGACUGCAGUAGUCUCUGAGAAAGAGAAGAUAGCAAGCGAGACGGCGCGACAUAGGGGCAAAUAAGACUACCAUUCCCUUUCCUUUGCUCAUCGUCACGUGGCUAUAUCUUAUUUGUAACGUAAUAUAUUCGGUCAGAACAAUUGCUUAUAUGUAUGGUUGCAUUGCCGGGUGUAUUAGAUGUAACCAAUUAGAUCCGCAUUCCUUUGCCUUAUUAUCUUUUUACAAACGCAUAACUUACGUAUUGCAUCUUUCUUUCGUUUCCGCUCGCUGUAACUUUGUCUUCUCAAAAUAUUCUCAUCUACUAUGUAGUCUCAUCAAACUAUGUAGUUUUUUUUACAUUUCUUGUUAUCUUAACUACCUACGUAAUUCUGUAUUGAUCUAUGUGAUACUUGGCAUAAUUGAGACAUCCGUUUAACCGGACUAACGCUAGUAUCGAUAUAUCCUGAAUAACCGAAAUCCACUGUAUUUGUAGCUUAAAAUUUUAUUCGCAGAACACUAAGACAAAAUAUUAGAGAUCGACUUGUGAUACUUAUCCAUUUACAUGCCAUAAUAAGUGAAAGUAAAUGUAUAUAAAUACACGUACAUAUAUCUUUAAUAACAAAGCCAAAUUUACCGAUUUUUAUUUAUAUUAUAAAAUAAACUAUAAUUUUUUGUUGUAACGAGGAAUUUGUGUAUGCUGCAUAAUUUUACAUAUUUUUUGCAUAAUUUUAACGUGUCUGGUGUCAUGUACAACAUUGAUUUUCUUUGUAGUUUUCUUUUAUACGUAGAAUCAUUGCCACUCUACCCCCUCACCCCACCCCUUUCAAAUUCAUUACAUUAUUUCCUUUAUGCAUCACAUCUACAUCUCCUCGAUGUCUGCUGGUAUUACAUAUUUGUACAUAUAUUUCGAAUCGCUUCUAUACUCUCUGAGAUUUCGUUAACAGUUGUUUUACCGAAACAUUUCAUGCGAAAGUGUAUUUAUAAAUGUAUAAUGUAACUAUAUCGAUCGCCUUUGUAUCUAUUUUCUAUUAUACGUUUCUUCGAUUUACUGUUAACGAAAUUCUCAUGCAAGUUUCGCGUAGGCGUACAUAUACAUAUGCAUAUGUACAUACAAUUUAAGGAUAAACGCUACAAAAUCAUGAGUGAGAUAAAAACAGUGAAUAUGCAACGAAAAACUUAGACUCGAUCGGUUAAUUAGAUAAAGGAACUAGACUAAUUCAUAGUAGAUGGACAAACUGCGAGAAAGAUUAAUUAAUUUGAUAAAAAUAGAUUGAUAAUAAGAUAUUUUUGAAAUUCUUUUAUUUUAUACUUUAUAGUACAACAAUUAAUUAAUACUAGUUAAAUAAUUAAUUACUAGUUAAAAGAAUGAAUAUCCGUAUAUAUCUAUAGUUGGACAAAUUCUAAUAUCGUGGUCCAUUUUUUGUGCUCGGAAAUUCUAUAACAAUCAUUAAAGUACAUAAACAUUUGCAUUGUAGGAACAUAUUGAAACUAUAUCUUAUUCGCCAAAAAAUUAAUAUAAUAAUUCUAUUAAGUUAAUACAUUAUUGCAUUAAAUACAUAUAUUAUUAAAAUGGAUUACUAUGAAUUUAAAUGCUAAACAAAAAUAUAGAAAUAUUGAAAAUUAAUUUUUAUUAUUUAUCCUUCCUUUAACUGCUUAGAUUUACACUCACUUUACUUAUAAAUUGUCGUAUAACUUUAGAAUUAAAAGUCUGGGCAGGACAACGAGUAGGAGAGCGUGUGACACUUUAAUCCGAAGUUUAUGCUUCAAGGAUUACGAUGGUGGUGGUCCAGAUUGCCGGAAACUCGUAGUUUCCAAGAUUUUCAAGAGUGUUUUCGAGAAUAUUGCGUUUAGGUAUGGGUUAUUUCUUGGGGCCGCCGCGACCGUGAGGCGGCCAGUUACGUAGAGAUAAGUCGACUGCCGAGCGUCGAGCGAAACAGUUAUCGGAUCAACUACGUUGUGUACUACUAUUUUAACACUAAUAUACAUAUUCGUUAAUACGUAUCUCGGAAGCUGCUGCGGGUUUUUCAGCAACUCGAACUAUCACCAUUGUAAUCCUUUAAGCACAAGCCUCUAUUCAUUGACCCGAUAACUAAAGGGAAGCUAAAGUGUUAUGUUACCUCAGAUUUCUAAUUUAUUUAGAAUUAUUGAAUUCCUUUUACAUAUUUUCAUUCUAUCAUCCUAAUCUUGUACUAUAUGAAAUCCUAUGGUAUGAUUAUAUAAAUUACUCGAUGAUUACGCAAUAAACAAGCAAAUGAAAAAUUUAAUAACCGAUACAUACGAAGACACGAGAAUUUAUGUAUGCGAUUAGUGCUUCAAUGAUUGUUAUCACGCCAAAUCUAUCUUAUUAUCAAUAAUAUUAGUUAUACGUAGAACUAAUACAUUAAUGUUUACGACCGUAUUCUUUCGACUUUGACUAUGGACUAGCAUAGGCAGAAACGUAGAACCGUGCUUUUCCAUCUUUCGCUAAACUAUCUUUUGCCAUUAUCUUGCAAGAAAAAAAAAAAGAAGAAAAGAAAAGAGAAAAAAGAAAAAAGAAUGAAAAAGAAAUAAAAGAAAAGAAAAAAAAAGACAGUCUAUAAAUGGAAAUGGACUCUAAAGCAAUCGCUGUUGAAUUUACUCUUGCGUCGCGAAACGAUCGCAACGCUUUUUAAUUACCGUAUAUACCUUGUACCGAUGGUAUUUCUCUGGCGAGGGAUAUUUACGGUUUCAACAUGACACCUUGUACAUAUAUGUGUAGGUACUACACAAGAAAUUUGACGAUCGAACGAUUGACAUCGAUCUUUUACUAUAUAUUUUCACAAAGAAAAAAUCAGUUUCAGAGGACAGGAACGAGAAGUAGUAGUUCUUCUUGCGACAUAAAACGCAUACGUAUUAUACUAUAUAUGUAAAAGAAUAGAAUUUAUCUGCACGUUCGAAAUCGACGACGCAGAAUCAAUUGCGUGAAAUAACUCUCGCCGAAUUUCAAUUACCUAUGUUUCGAGUGUGUUAUUCUAACGAGUAACAAGUAAUAUCAUCCCUAGCGAAUAUCCCUAAGCAUCAAAUAAGUAGCAAUUACUAUUAAUACGUUACUAAUCUCUUAUCGAUAAACAACAAAAGAUUAUAGCAUGUGUAAUUUAACAUCUAAAUAGAUACGAUGAUACGUGUAAAAAAAUGCAGAUAGUUUACCGUGAUUAUCGACGAUGCUUUGGUUAACCCAAAUAACGUUCGGAGAAACGUACGUUCGCCAAAGUGCCAACUAUCGCUAUAUAACACGAAAAAGGACAUAUCACCACAAGAUACAUACAUGCUUGUAUAUACUGCUAUUUAGAGAUGGCAGUAAUCCUAAUAUUUUAUUACGUCUAUCGAAAAAGCGACAAACUGGUUAGAUAUCAUUUUCGGCUUCGAUUCUAUUGCUUUUAAAUAAUGACGUAACUUUUUUGUUUGUUCGUUCAACAGCAUCAAAUAUAUUUUUAUUCAAAUAAGGUUCCUUGGUGAAAGUGCAGAAAAGCUCCUUACCGAUUUCGAUGAUUUUGAAUUACGCUGUAAAGCUCAACAUUUGGAACAUCCUUUUUUUUAUACGUACAACCACCUGUUGGCCUUAGUUGCCGACAUAUUUCCAAGAAGCUGUCGAUACCACUACAGUGAACUCUGUCUAUAAUUGUCUGUCCGAAGCAGCGUACGAGUCAGUAUGCGGUUGGCGGCUGCCUUUCGGCGUGGGGUGGCGUGGUGCGGUGUGGUGAUCGAAUAAGAUAACGCCUAACGCAAAUCUAACUCUCAUCGUUUUUCUUUCUUUUAUCGUUCUUCUUUCUUCUAUCGUUUAGUUGUUUAAGUUAGCUUUAUCGUUAAGUUGGUUUAAAACGUUGAGCUUUACAACGUGUUUCCCAAUCAUCAAAAUCAAGGAGUAACUAGCUUUUCUGUAAGAUUGACCGAUUAUUCGAUCAGGAAAAACAGGGCUUUAUAUUUACACGAUGAAAUAAAUAUAUAUGUUCAUGUAUAUUGUAAAAAAAAAGUCUACUUAUAGACCCGAUAUGUCUCCGGCAUUAUUUUCUUGCAGGGAUGAAUUGUACAUUUUCAGAUAUAACAUAAUAAAUCCAAAUGUACACCUAUACGUACAUCUAUAUUAGAGAAACAUGAAAUUUUCGAAUCAGUUUCAUCUCGAUGAAAAUAAUGAACAAUCAAACAAAAUUAUGCCUCUUAAUGAGAAAUUAAUGAACUUUAAUAUAGAAGAAUCAAUUUCAGAUCAUACUUUUAAUAUAAAUAUUAGAUUGUAUUUAUUGUAAUCGAGAAAUUUUAUAUUUUAUUGCGGCUUCACACAAGCAUGAUAAGUUGUGUAAAUAAAUAAAGUAAAUUUUUUAUUUGAAAAUCUUGGGCGAAAGUUGAACGUCAAAAUGUAUAAUUCUUGUGAAAGCAACGACUCGUUAAUCACAAAAAUUAUCGCAACUCUUAGACAGCCUACGUAUUAUUCAUAAGUCGAGUGGUUCUAAAUACUAUUCGUAUAUGGAAAUGAAUCGUUGCUCUUCGUUUUUAUAAAUAAUUUAAUAGACACAAAGUACCAUCGAAGGCACCCGUUAACCGUAUUGGAUUCGUCCCUUAAAUAAGAUUCUCGAUCAAAACAAUUUAAGAAAUAAUUACAACGAUAAUUCCAUAGAAAGGUUUUCAUGUAAUUAUCAAUCCACCUCGACGACUUCGAUGAUUUCUGAUUGGUGUUGUAGAAAUCAACAUUUUGAAUAACUUUCUCCUAUGCAUGUAACUGCCGCCAGACUAUAGUUUACGAGAUAUUCGAAAGAAGAAGAAGAUGAAGAAGAAAAAGAAAGAAGAAUAGAAAAACCGUCAGUACCACACUGCAGUGAAUUCUGUCAAUGUUGUAGCGCGUACGUGACAGCACGCAUACGUUAGUACUGGUUGCAGGCCGCGUCUUAUGAUGCGAUGCAGCGGCCGGAUAAAAUAGAAAGCCUAUGUAAACCUGUAUAAACUAUAAACAGAAGAUGAGAACGAAAUACAUAUCAUAUAUGUAUAGGAAAAAGUUGUUCAGAAUCAUGCCGUCGACAACAUAUUUAAAAAUCAUUGAAAUCGGUGAAGCGGAUGAUCGAUUUUGGACAAUUGCCAUUGCUUUCAUAAAAUUUUUUAUUAAUUAUAAUCAAGAUUAGAUAUUCAUAGACAAGUAUUUCUAAAUACUUUUCGUUUCUUCCUGGAAUUACAAUUCAUUGCGACUUUUGUGACGUAGGUACGCUGUUAUUAUUAGAAAAUACAACAGUUAGCAUAGAACUGCCACGAAACCGUGUAAACUAUUCGUGAAUGGAAAUAGGCAAAGAGUAUGCGUACGGCAAACGUUAUUACAAGCCAUUUAAGGGAUCAAUCCAUUUCCAGUUCAUAUUCCGAAAGUUACAAACAUCAAAAGCUACAAAUCACAAUUUAUUAUAUCCGGUAGCGACGCAGAACUAAGAUAUUAGUUGGAGGAAAGAAAUAUCGGAUGGCAUUUAUACUCUAUACGUGUCUUAUCUAUAUAGAACUCUGUAUAUGCGUAUAGAAUGCCAAUAUCAUGAAACGAAAAUAAGCGUACACGUAAUUCACGAUUCGUAUCUACCGAUUGCGAGAACGAAUACGAUUCACUGAGCGUAUCAUUCGUAAGCGAGCAAUUACUACAACCAUAAUAUUUCUAGGUCUCUUUUCAAUAUCCUCUUUCGCUACGGGAAAAGAAUUCCAACAACUGUAUUUCAGAAGAAGCGAACGUAACAUUGUGUUCAUGUAUUUUGAUUUAUUAUGUGACUGGUAUAUUUUUCUUAACGUGUGUAUAACACUCGCUGUUUCAAAGCUACGUGUUUAUGUAAGCCUACGAUCAUUACCGAUAGGUUUCCAAGAGGAUUUCCUCUUCUUGUCACUAAUAUUAUGUCGAAUAUCGUAAUAUGUGUACGAAACUUUGGAUCGAAUGUUAUAGCUUUUUUUGUAAUAGCUGUGCGAAGAAGUGAAAUAAAAAUGUUAGAACUAAAUA